UGUGCGGAAGUUCUUUCAUCCUGCAGGAGGAGAAGAAGAAGAAGAGGAGGCUUCUCCUUCGUCUCAACUUUCCUCCUGACACAACAAACCUCCGGAGAGGAAACUUCCUGACCACCGGGGACAUCCACACACCCGCCGACAAAAGCAGCUCCUCCGCCGGCCUCUGGUACACACGGGCAGGUUUCACGGCGAAUGACAGCCGGUGAAUGCGUGAAUGUACCCCCGCACGCCCGCGGCAGCACCGCGGGGGUGGACGGUGAGCUGAGAGCCGCUGCGGCUCAAUUACAGCAGACCGACUCACCGUGACUUGAAGAGCUCUGAUUUUACACCUCUUUACAAGGGCGAUGGCGAGGCCGAGCCACAGCGAUCAUGUCCUCCAGCAGCUCAACAACCAGCGGGAGUGGGGCUUCCUGUGUGACUGUCUCAUUGCCAUCGGUGACAUCUAUUUUAGGGCACACAAGGCUGUCCUGGCGGCCUGCAGCUCCUACUUCAGGAUGAUGUUCAUCCGCGACCAGCAGGGGGCGGGCCGCCUGGACCUCAGUAACAUGCAGAUCAGUGCAGAGUGCUUCGACCUCAUCCUGCAGCUCAUGUACCUCGGACGCAUUGUUGUGGGGAGCUAUGAAUUCGAUGAGCUCAAGGCUUCCAUGGCGUACCUGCAGAUGUACUACAUCCCAGACUCGCUGGAGGAUCUCAGGGACAUCAGGAGCUCCAACCUCACCCCAUCCUCCUCGGCCUCCUCCUCGUCCAGUUCUUCGACCGGCCCUGUUGGUGGGAAAAUGAUGUUUGGGGUGCGCAUGUAUGAGCAGCAGAGGCCUCCGGCACCAGAUGCAGAGCGUCUACCAAAAGCUGUCAACAGUACUGCUGUGCGUCCAGCUGUUUCAGCGACUGUCAGCAGACCAGUUGUGGUGGAGGAGGUGGUGAACACACCUCUCAUAGUGGCACCGUUGGUGGUGGAUGGAGGAGUCGAGCAGCCAUGCGAUUUGAGAAAGAGGUCCAGCGGCAAGAGUUCGACUCUCAAAGACCGUCCACGGUUUGGCCGCACCUACACCUGCGAUGACUGCGGCUUUGUCUUCAGCUGCGAAAAGCUUCUGAUUGAACACAUCCUGACCUGCACUAACAGGAAGGCCUUUCAUCAGCCGAGAGGGAACACUGAAGGUGACAAUGACUCCAGCAAAGCUGAGAGCUCCACCUCUGAGAGCACAGAAGAACCCAGGGUCAUCUGUAAAGGCGAGGAUGAAUGGCCCGAGGCCAAGGCCAACACUGAGCUCGCCAUCAGGUCGGUGGCAGCAGGGACAGACGGUGAGUCCGGAUCAACUCGCAGCAUCUCCAUUAAGACAGAACCAGAAGAAAAUACUUUCCCUGAGAUAGAAGUGGUCCGGGUCGGUGAACACACCAACAGAGACUGUAGCGCACGCUUUAAUGAAGCCACACGUAAAGAUAUGCAGAGGGAGAAAACUGGAUCAGACCGAGAACCAGAGCCCGGUGUCUCAGGUAUGGAUAACAGCAACGAGCCUUUUGAAGGCCACAUGUCCAGCAGUGAAGAUUCAACAGUCCCUGCAAAGCUUCGUAAGGUCAAAGACGAGAAGCAGGACACCGACUGUGCCCCCUGUGAACUCUGUGGUGCUCUGUUACCAGAGGAGGAUAAGUCGGCCCACUAUCUGUCCAACCACAUGGGCCAUAUAUGUGCCUGUGGGAGGUGUGGCCAGGUUCUGAUCAAAGGCCGCCAGCUCCAGGAACAUGCAGAGCGCUGUGGUGAAACGCAGGGCGGCGAGUCAGAUUCCCACGGGGAGGAUGAGGCGUCCCUGCUCGAGGAGCCACAGGGGAUGGAGGAGGGGCUGCUGGAGGCGGCCGACCUGGCCUGCUCUCACUGCGGUCUGCUGUUCCAGAAUGAGAGCCUGGCACUGGAGCACGCCCUGUCCUGCCACGAUCAGGAGCUGUUCCGCCCGGUGCUGCUGGAGGAGGGCGGAGAAGCCGAUCACCGCCGCAAACACUUCUGCAGCAUCUGUGGCAAAGGCUUUUACCAGCGUUGCCACCUGCGGGAGCACUACACCGUCCACACCAAGGAGAAGCAGUUCACCUGCCAGACCUGCGGGAAGCAGUUCCUGCGGGAGCGCCAGCUCAGGCUGCACACCGACAUGCACAAAGGCAUGGCACGCUAUGUGUGCCCCGUCUGCGACCAGGGAACGUUCCUCAAACACGACCACGUCCGACACAUGAUCUCCCACCUGUCGGCCGGGGAAACCAUCUGCCAGGUGUGCUUUCAGAUCUUCCCUGGUGGAGAACAGCUGGAGAAACACAUGGACGUCCACCUGUACAUCUGCGGCGUCUGUGGUGAGAAGUUCCGUCUCCGUAAAGACAUGAGGAGCCACUAUAACUCCAAGCACACCAAGAGACUAUAGGAACAAUUUGGACCGUCCUCUGCAUUUAUACUAGUUUGUUACUUAAAAAAAAAAGCCAUAAAUGUGAGAACAAAUGUAUGCACUUGAACACCAAAAAGAGAACUUUUUAAUCUGCACUUUGAAACUAUAUGCAUAACCUAAACAGGCGUUCACACUGCGAGCGGCGGGGCAGAUUAUUGAUCACUCCGUGGUGACUCUUUCUGCAGCAUUUUCCUUUGAAAGCCGUUCAGUGUAGAGUCGGGACGUUUCCAUCAGCUGAUUGGAGUCAGGAUCAGCUCCUGUCAAUGAACCGGCCACAUCUGACAGACAAAGUUUAGCUAACCCUCCCCAGCCACUGUUGGAUGUCAGCACCGGUCACAGCUAACUAACAAGUAGAUGUAGCUUUUGAUUUAGAAUAUUUAUAAAGAACCUGCGAUUUUUAUAUACAGGAUGAUUCAUACAUGAUUAUUUGGAUUACAGGUUAUUUGAACAGUAACAGGUGGCUGUUUUUUUCAUAUCCACAGUCUAACAUAAUUCUUUAAGAUGUCCAGAAGCCCAAAGAAAUCAAAGAAAACUAGCAGCUGGCGAAUUAACGAUAAAUGUUCUGUCUAGAACCUAAACUGGUAGUCCUACUUGACUUUACCAAAGGCAAGCUGGCAGAUAGAGAGAGAAGCUCCUCUCUACAUGUGUUUGUUUUGUGACUUUCGUGACUUGUCAACAGGCCUAACGAGAAAAAACUCCCAUCAUGCCUCUGCACCUGUUCAGUUCACAAUUGUGUUACUCACAGUGUGAAAGUAUGGUAAAAUCAUGUCGUGAACUCCAGGAGAAAUGAAAGCUGGCGUAUCCUCAGAGAGCUCCUGGUUCCUGAGGCUGUGCUCUGCAGAGGGAGGAGCCUCAGGUUCUCCGAGUGGUGAACGAGAAGACGCCCAAUUCAGUUUCCCUUUGGAGUGACGUGUCAAAGGGUCUGUCAGCAUUUCAGAGGGCUGCAACGCCUUGAGCUUUGAUGUCAGCUUAUCUCACAGAAUACUAAAAUCUCUGAAGAUUAAACACUUUGAGUUUUUCAAGUUGUAGUUAGCGAGCGCAGUUGGUUUUCAGAUUCUUUGUUUUGUGACUCUGAUAGUACACUGACUCAUACGCUUCUUCCCUUUGCUUUCAGUUCGGCUUUGUGUCGCAGUGAUGCGGCCCUCGCUGUCCGAUACGCUCUGUGUUCAGUGCCUUUACUGUGACAGUGUGCUGUCUCUGUUGUUUCCUUCCUGUCUUUUUGGCGGUGGUGCGUGUUGGGGGGCUGGACAGGCACAAGUGAGGCCCCCCAUUUCGAAGUGAAUAUUUAGAAAUCUCAUUGUGGAAAAGGCAGCAGUUCUAUGCUGGACUGCAUUGCAUCGAUGUUUAAGGUCUUCUCAGGCUGGUGCCGUUUGGUCCAGUUGUAUCAGACUUUCAGCAGAUCUGAGCUCCACAUAAGACCACAUCACAAGGCUGAUGUUUCAGGUCCAACCCAUAGUCUUGAACCAGACUAAUUCAGAUAAUUUGCCUCAUCUUGGUUAAAGAACAUUGGAGCCAGAUGAAAAUUGUUCACCAUUUCAGAACGUGCCUAAAUCAAUUUAAAAAGGACCUAAACCAAAUGAACUAGCUAAAACCAUUUUAGAAGCAAUCAAAACCUGUUCAGAACCCACUACAUUAGUCCGCAACCAGUUGAAACCAGUUUCAGAAAAUCCUAGGUACCAAUGUGAUGUGUUCUUAAAAAAAACAAACAAAAAAAACCAAAAACGGUCCAGACAUAAAAACAAGGUCAGAACCAACUGAAACCAGUCUAGAAGCAUCCUGAACCAGCUACAAGUAUUUCAUAUCCACUUCAGUACCAUUUCAGAACCAGCUAACCAGUCAUAAAUCAUUUCAGACAAAGCCACUUCACAUUAACUAGUUGGAAGACUAUUGUAAACCAGUCCUGAACCAGCUAACACCAGUACUGAACCAACCAAACAAGUUUGGAAUUUGGCUGAACCAAGUCAGACCCACCACAGGUACUUCAAAACCAACUUAAACAGUUUCAGUCCAGCACUAUCCAAUCCAGAGUGAACCUCUUCAACCUGUCCAGUUUCAAGCAAACCAGAUAUUUCAAAAUUACAUGAACAUGAACCUUCCCAAACCAGUUCAGGACCAACUCAGACCAGUUCCAACCGUUUUCAUGCUGUCGUCUUGUUUUUCUUUGUUGGAAUCACAGUCAGAGGUUCAUUUAAUUUGCAAAGACUGAAGAGAAACUGAUGAGGUCCAGAUGUUUCUAUGAACUCAGCUGCUUUCAGAUGUGCAUUUGGUGCUGCCACAAACCAGUUCAGAAUCAAACUAAACCCGUUUAAUGAAAGGGCACAAGGUUGGGUCACUUUAAAACCACCUUAAACAAAUUGGGAACCAGAUCCAAACUGACUGGGACCAGCUCAGAACCGGUUGAAAGAGUUCCUAACCUGUCCAGUACUGACUGAUAUCAGAUUACCUCCCAUGAAAACUAGUCCAGUUCACUUCAGCCUAAACCCUUUCAAAACCAAACCUGAAUGAAUGCAUUUGUGUGUGCAGACUUCUUUGUGUGUUCAGGUGAUUUUUGUUGCUCUGGGGUUUUUCUCACUGACGUUCAGUUUGUGGAGUUUUGAAAGAUGCCGCUUCGUUCUCUUGGAAUAAACUCAAACAUUUCUUAAGCUCUCAAUAAACCAAGUGAAUUUCUGUUUGUGAA